AUGUUAGGGACAUAUCGUCAAGAUAAAACAUGUGUAUUAUGUUUAUUAUGUACGUUAUUUAUGAUUAUUACAAGUAUCUUCAAUAUCGUCUUUAUUGUUCGUCGUAGUAUGGCAGUUCAUGACAAAAAUAAUAUUGUUCAAUCGAAAAAUAGUGAAAUGCUCAAGAAACAUAAUCAAGUUACAUUCACGUACAAUCGACGUUUACCUCAACAGUCAAGUAAUGUUAGUGAUCCAUUUGACAUUGCUUAUCGUAAUGUAGUUGGUUCAUUUAUUAAUCAUAUAAGAAAUAAAUCUACUAUAUCAAAAAAUUAUUGUCCACCGAUUCCUCCAGAUCUCCAAGGGCCAAUACCAAUUAUUGAUCCACCAAAAAAUUUUACGAUAUUAUCAAAUAUUAAUUCUACCUAUCAUCCUCAUGUUCAAUAUGGUGGUUCAGGUAAACCAACAAAUUGUUUAGCUCGACAUAAAGUCGGUAUUAUUGUACCAUAUCGUAAUCGAUUAGAUAUUCUUGAACAUUUUCUCUAUCAUACACAUGCACUAUUACAACGUCAACAAAUUGAUUAUCGAAUUUAUGUUUGUGAACAAGCGUUUAAUAAAACAUUUAAUAAGGGAAUUGUGAUGAAUGCAUGUUUUAAAGAAAUCUUAUUAAUUGAACCAAAUACACAAUGUUUUAUCUUUCAUGAUGUUGAUUUGUUACUAAUUGAUGAUCGAAAUAUGUACACAUGUCCCAUGAAUCCAAGACAUUUAUCAGUGGCUAUUGAUAAAUUUCAAUUUUAUCUUCCAUAUUCAUCAUUAGUCGGCGGUGUACUCGCGUUACGACGUGAACACUAUCUACUAGUAAAUGGCUAUUCGACAAACUAUUGGGGCUGGGGUGGUGAGGAUGAUGAUAUGUAUUCUCGUAUCGUUAAUAAACAAUUGAAAUUAGAACGUCCACCAGCAUUCAUCGCUCGAUAUAAAAUGUUAAAACAUUUACAUCAAAAACUAAAUCCAGCACGUUUAAAAGUAUUAAGAACGGCACAUAUUCGUAUUGAUUUAGAUGGUGUAAAUAAUGUCAAAUGUUACGAGUUAAAUAGUCUGCUCAAUAAUAAUGGUGGUAUGGACGGACAUGUGCACCGGCGAAACGCCGAUCGUCGCGGAGAAAAAGUUUUUUUCGACGCCGUCACCACGGUCUGA